AUGCUUUUAAGGGCGGUGUCACGGGCUUCAGCUCCCAAGGACAGAGCUUCCUGGCUGCGGCCCCCGCGAGGAGUCGCGCGCCGAGGGUCGCGGGCACGUCGGCUCCCGCGCACGGGCCAGCCCCGGCGGAGCGCUCCGGCGGCGGCGCACUGCGCAGGCGCGCCCUGCAAGUUUGCUCCCGGCCGGACUCCGCGCGGCGCGCAGGUGGCAGCCCGCGCCCCUCUGCUGGCGCUUCCUUCAGCCCCGCGGCGCCCUCGGCGGGACCAUGCAGGCUGUGGUGUCCCCGGUGACCAAGGCCAUCUUCGUGGCUUUGUUCCUCUUCGCCAUCCUGCUCAUCCUCUACGUGAUCCUGUGGUACAUCUGCCGGGACGUGGACAACGACUACAUCUGAGGCAGUUUUCUGGGGUUCAUUCUGGAAGCAGAAGGCAGCAGCCUGCACUUAGCUCUGUCGUGUCCGCAGCUACGGCCCAGCUCCAGCCGGUGGCAGUGGGAGAUCAUGGCACCAAAGCCAGGAAAGCGCCAAAUCUUGAGGAGGAGCUGCGAACGCCAGCCAAGCCCCCGCGCCGUGUGGGGCCAGCUCCCUCACCCAGGCCACGUGCAGAACGAGAACGAAGCACUCCAAAGAGAGCCCUCUGGAAAAGGCUCCACUCCGCGAAGUUCUUACCGAGCCCAGCAGAUGUCAGGAGCAAUAUCCACAUCUUGUGCCUGCGUGUGAUGCGUCCGGUGGUCUGCGCCGGCAGCUGACAACCUGCAGCUGGAAACAAGCAAAGACAGUUAUCCCUGUGUUUGAAACAGGAUGCUGCCAUUGCUUCCUGUAUCCAAUCAGAUAUUGAGGUCCCCUCCCUAGAUUAAGUGCCAUGAAGUGGAAUUUCAAAAUAAAACAAGC